UCUUCACAAGAGAACAGUGGAUUUCUUGUUCUCCAGAGAAGUGGCUGAGUGAACCUGCUAGUAGGAAGGAAGCACCACCAAGAUAAUUGUGGCGCCUUAAGGACUGAAACGUGGCCUUUUCCCUCCCCCCCCAAAAAAACCUUUCUAUUGCAAUAAUUCAGUUUAGCUUUAAAGUGGUUACACUAUGAGUUGGUGGAAGCUACUAAUCGAAUUUCUUCUCAUCACAGCUGGAGUUUUUUCUUGCACUGGUAAUGUGCUGGAUAAAGAACGUCCAGAGAGGACAACUCUACAACCCACCUCAUUUCUGCAGAGAGCUUCAUUUCCUUACAGCUCGUCUCCUUCCAAUUACCAAGCCACAAUUCAUCCAUACCAUCAGCCACAAGCUUCGGCUAAUCAAUUAGGCCAUGGACUUGCACAACUGGUUACCUCAGCCAUUCCUUCAGUGCCUAAAACUAAGAUGUUAAAGGCAGAAUCAAUCCCAUUGACAAAAUUACAGGCUGUGCACAGGGGGCAGAAAAUACCAUGGCUCUUACGCUGUUGCCUGCCAACCCUACAGAGCCUGACUGUGUGGAAACCUAUAGCGGCUGCAGGGACGACAGUUUUGCGGUCUGAACCACAAACUGAUUGGACUGAAACCCCCAAAGCCUUAAAAACAAGAAGGAUCCCUCAAGAAACAACCUCAGAACUGGAACUAUCAACUAGUCAGAAAAGGAUAACUCCUGUUCUGGUCACAACUAAGGGAAAUGUAUAUAAGACUGUCUCCAGGGCAACUGACCAGCACACUACAAAGCUGAGGAAACACACAACCACUGAAAAAACAAGUGUUGCAGCCCACAAGGACAUAACAUCUGUCCAGACCACUCCACCUACACCGUUAACUCCAGCUGGACCAACACUUGCAUUUCAACCAUCACCAGCUAUUACAGGUGCUUACAGUGUUUCCAAUGGAACCACAGAUUGUGUUAAAGCCUUAAUUGGCUUGACAAUGAUUGUUACAAACACAAAAACGGAUGAUCUAGAAUAUUUUAAUAUUGUUCCAAAUGCCACACAUACAACAGGACAUUGUGGAUAUGGCCAAUCAAUGCUCAACAUCUCGUUUGAAGGUGGCUUCAUACAUUUUAUUUUUACUAAGAAGGGAGAGAUCUAUUAUAUCAGCAUGAUUGAAGCUUCUUUGACGGUCCUCUCGCAAGGUUCCGUGUACAAUGGGAUUAAAAACGACCAGCUUUUCUCCACAGCUGUGGGAAAGUCCUUCAAAUGUCUCAGUAAGCAAACGGUGGGCUUGGCCAACGAUUUUCAACUGCAAGUUGCCAAUUCCCAACUUCAAGCCUUUGAUAUUGUUGAUAACCAAUUUGGAAAAGAGGAAGAGUGCAUUUUGGAUAGAAAUAAGAGGUUGAUCCCAGCAACUAUUGGCUUCAGUCUGGCAGGGUUAAUUAUCAUCAUCCUGGCCUCCUGUGCGAUUUAUAGAAGAAAACCUCAUUUGGGAUACAGCCGUAUCUGAAUCCUGAAGUUUAUUUAUGAAUGGGUGUGGCAGCAAACGAAAAGUUCAGGAAGAGUGGAAGAUUCUGCUUGCUUUGCUGUGGCUAUCAGAUGUGCAAAUAGCAGCUGAGUUUAAGCGAUUUCUUAAAAUUCUGACACUUUAACAGUUAAUCAAAAAUUAAUCAGGUCAAUGCACGUACGCACAUCUAUUAUCUAUAUGCAAUGGCAGUACUGUGUUUAUUUGCUUGGGUGUUACUGUUUUUUUAUUCGUCCAUAUAUUUUUGCAAUAUAAUCAAUGAAUUCAAUUAAGAUGAUUAAUAAUAAUAAUGUGCCUCUGUUUCAUAAACACAUGCGACUCAUCCUCAAGCAUAUUUAAGAUUGUGUUGGUUUCCCUAAAGAUGCCACAUAGUGAAAUUAUGUUUUACGUUAGCGUGUGUUUUUUAGAAUACCCCCCCCCCUUUAAAGCUUUUGAGAAGCUUGUGAUAUUAAGAGAGCAAAACAUUUUACACACUGAC